AUACAUGUACAAACAAGAAGCUGAGUAAAGAUGUCUCAGAAACGUCGCAUCUGAUCUUUCGAGUUUCAUACAAAAAGACACGGACGGAAGCCCGACCGACAGUUGCCAGAAGCUCCGAAAGAAUCCGCAGUUUUCUUGAUCUGUUAGUUCACAAGACCCGCUAUCCAUGGAGAACUCCUCGGACUACGACUCGGAGUCUGAGGUUCCACCGGGCCAAGCUGGAAGUGACGGGUACAAACCAGGCUACGAGGUACCCCUCCUGACCGUGGUUUGCCUGCUAGGCUUCACCGGUAACUUCAUGGUCUGGAUGGUUUACAGCAAGCCCAAGUAUAGAAAGUCCAACGCUGCAAUCUAUAUACUCAGUUUGGCUGCAGGGGAUAUAUUGGCUCUCGUCGUGGUCAUUUUCCACAUCACGGAGUUUUUCCCAGUCACGUGGUCCGUUUUGUGGGCUCACGAUUGGCAGUGCGCCCUCCAUCGGUUCUUUCGAUUCGUGGGCUUCAACAACACCGUGUUGACCAUGACGGCCAUCGCAGUGGACCGUUACUACGCAGUGCGCCACCCUGUGGCCUUCAAGAUCAGAUUCACCGUCAAGAGAACGAGGAUCGUGGUGUGCGGACUGUGGCUGCUGACCCUGGUCGUGUCUGCGCCAUUUGCUUUUAUGUUUCGGAGCAUUUCCCGCGGAGGUGGCGGGGCCCAGACGUACCCAGGGAAGCUGUCCUUCGCCUGCAAACUCGUUCUCAGCUCCUACGGUGAUUGGUUCGUCACCUUCAAGCCAAUCUACCUCAACGGUGUCUUGUUCUACCUCCCUGUGGUUGUUACGGCAACGCUGUACGUCAUCAUAGUCCUACACGUGUGGAGAAACAACAAGUUCGUCAGUUCUCAGAUGGGCCGUUCUCCCUACCGCAACUCUCACUGGAAGACCGCCAAGACGCUUCUGACGGUGUUCGUGGUGUAUGUUGCGUGCUACAUCCUCUUCGUCUCUUAUAAUUUACUCGCGCCUUUCGCGCCGGGCUUGCUUUCCCCGCAGAUCAAAAAUGUCGGCCUGCUGCUACCCUACGUGAAUAGCUGCAUGAACCCCAUGGUGUACUCGUUUACCAACGCAAGUUUUCGCAAAACAUGCUGGGAGACUUUCUGCUGCGAGGCGUUGGUGGCGCGCUGUUGCUCGGGCGCAAAUGAUAAGGUGAGAAGCGGGAAAGAGUCUGAAACUUGCAGCAGCGUCGCUGAAAGGAUUAAAGCCGACCGACCCCCAAUGCCAACCCAGAUCAGAGUGGCAGUCAUUCCAGCAGAUAGUCUCCUUUCAGUUGACAAGGCGUCCCAAACAGGUGACAUAAGGAUGCACGAUACGAAAGCAGACUAUCUCGCUGGUCAAGAGCUCGCCACAAACAUUUAACUUUCGAUCAGUACGCCUACCCAUACCACUGCGUAUUUAAAUAGUGUGACCACAUACUAUUUUGUUUCGUAAGCAACCCAAAUCAUAACAGCUCUGAAAAAGUUAGCCUAUGUAGGUUAAAGACAGGUGAGCAGGUUGUGUUCCUCUCAUUGAGCUCAGUAGGUUCAACUUAAUCAUAAUUGAGAAUCAGUUAAUUAAAAAAAAACAGGUCUCAUGUGAAAAAAAACUACAGUGGAAAUGAAAAUAAGGUGAAUAAAAACAAAUGUUACAUAAUUUUCAAGUGCUGCACGAUGUUCUGUUAAUCUUCAUGUUAUUAUUUUGACCAAUAACGAACGCACUCGAUCGCUAUAACCAAACGAGUACAGUUUACACGACUCGUCAUGAAAUGUUUCGACACACGAUGAAAACACAGGUGAAACCACCCACACUCAAAUUUGUAUCAUGGGGACAUGGCUUUGUUCUCGUGUACAAAAUGGUAAGAGGGUCGAACCUGAUUUAAAAAAAAUGCUCCUAAUUUAACAAGAAUCAAUGGCUGAAAUUUUUUUUUUUUUUUAUAAGAGUAUGCACGAAUAAGGUGUAAACUGGCCAGAAUAUAAUGCAUAUAGAAACCGAAUUAGGUUUAAAUUCAUAGAUUGCAUUAACUGUUUCCAUAUUUUUCGUCAACUGAUGCCACUAAAUUUGAGGUAGCUAGAGGAGGUACAUGUAGCCUCCAAAACGGAUCCAUUUAAAAGAAAAGAAAAAAAAGGUCAAUAGCAUGAUUGUGGAUGCAUAACAGCGCAGUUUGACACUCUGUACUUACGUUGCGAUGGCAACAACAUCCCUAUCAAUAGACCUUGGUAAUUGGAACAGCGCAAUAUAUUAACUGAACAAGCCCGUCUUUUGAGCAUCUUUUUUCGAGCUGUUAAACACGAAGCUCUGUAAAAACAUGGUCUUUAUGGGUUCAACGGGGUUUGACAAAUGCGACAUCCUGUACAUAGGGGUAUAUACAGUUUUCAUUUGCUAUUUCUGAAAUUUGAGAAAAUGUCACAGAGUGUGCAAGGUGCAGUUGAAAUUUAUGAUCGCUGCAUUUUCUUUGAUAUAAAGGUUAGGUUAAGUUGUGCAAAGAACUGUACUAUCCGCAAUGAGUACCUCCCACUAAUGCUUAGCCAUGCAUUCAACUUGCACAUUAAUGUUCUUCGUGAAGAACCGGAGCACGUAUUUUGUCAUUUAUGUUUUACAUUUUUAAAUUGUUACAUAUGUAUUUUAAUUGUCACUUAAAAGCAGUCCUCGCGUUCAAACUGCAAGCCUCACACCACUUUUGUCAAUUGUCGUCUUUGCCUUUGCCUUAUCAUUAAUGGCUAACGAGCUGCACAAGAAAAAGGCACGACUUCGUUUUAAAAAAAGGUCACUUGUUCAUAAAAACGGC